GGAGCAAUAGGCUUGCAAUUGGAUCACCGAAACGAUGCCGUUACUUGUCAUCCUAAAAUGAUCUGAAAACUGGAAAUAAACCCCCAAUUAACGAGCAGGUUCUCCUGUAGCUUGGUUUUACAGUCCGAUCGGCGAAGACCUUAAUCGUCUUCAAGUACCGUUAAAUUAACCAGCAACGAAAAGAAAAUCAAUGGCUGCGAUCUUCGCUCGCAACUCUCUCACCGCUCUCAGAGCUCGACAUCUCGCUUUGUCAGGGCAAGCGUUGCAGGGUUCAUCACAACACUAUGGGCUGCGACUCGGUGCACACUCCUAUGGCACCAUGAAAGAUGAUGAAGAAAGAGAGCAGCUUGCAAAGGAGAUUUCGAAGGACUGGAGUUCUGUUUUCGAGCGAAGCAUAAACACAUUGUUUCUAACUGAAAUGGUUAGGGGUCUCAUGUUGACACUCAAGUACUUCUUUGAACGAAAAGUUACUAUUAACUAUCCUUUUGAGAAGGGUCCAUUGAGCCCUCGUUUUCGUGGGGAGCAUGCUCUCCGCCGAUAUCCAACUGGAGAGGAACGUUGCAUUGCUUGUAAACUUUGUGAAGCUAUAUGCCCAGCACAGGCAAUCACAAUAGAGGCUGAAGAACGAGAGGACGGAAGUCGUCGGACAACAAGGUAUGACAUUGAUAUGACCAAGUGUAUCUAUUGUGGACUUUGCCAAGAGGCAUGUCCUGUUGAUGCAAUCGUUGAAGGACCCAACUUUGAAUUUGCCACCGAGACUCAUGAGGAACUUUUAUAUGACAAAGAGAAGCUGCUCGAGAAUGGUGACCGUUGGGAAACUGAGAUCGCAGAGAAUCUCAGAUCCGAAAGCCUUUAUCGCUGAUGUUGUUCCUCUACUUUUUUUCUUGCUCAGUUGCUGAAAAUAAAAUGAUACAUGCAUGUUCUUGCAAUGGCAUAUACCAUGUUUUUAGGGCAUUGACACUGUGAAUCUAUGCUAUGAAUUAUUUUGUUUUUGCUACAUUUUAAUGCAAUGAUGGAUAAAUGAAUCCUGUGGAAAUCCUAGGUUCAGGGAACAAA